AUGCUGUAUUUUCCGUGGAACAAGACCACGCAGACCCUGAAGGCCAACGAGUCGGACUUUGACCACGACUUCUACGAGCGGUUUUCGAACCUGCUGAAGGGGAAGUAUUGCGUCAAGCUCUGGAAGCUAUCGGACAUGCGCUCGUACGUGACGGCUGAGUACCCAGGCCUGUGGGAGCUGGUGGAGCAGAAGGCGGAUCGGCCGGUGGCGCUCGUAGAUUUCUACCGCCUGCUCGUCGUGCACGACUUCGGUGGCAUUUUCUGGCAGUAUGGUUCAGAGCUGACCAAUUCGGCACUGAGGCUAUCUGAUCCUUUUGACCAGUUUUUGCCGCCGAAGGGCAUGAGCGCAAGGCUCCUGGUCGAGAAAUGGAUCACGCAGGCGGAUGCAGACGAGAUGGGCAGGACCAGGAAAAGCCGAAAGGGAAUUCCGCCAACUUUGAGGCGUAUUGCGACUCAGGUCUUCUCCGCGAGCCCGCAUAACGAGUUCUUGCGCUUCGCGAGCAAGAGGGCCAUCUGGAAUUUGCUGACCAUCCCCGUCGAGCGAGACUACGACAUCUUGGAGACGAUGGGCAACGGCAUGUUCUCGGAAGCCUUCAACGACUACGCGAAGUUGGGAAAGGCCAGCAAAAUUGACGUGGUAGACUUCGAUGAAGUGGGGCACAUGGUGAGGUACUCCCACACAUUCUCGUGGCGCAGAGACAAAGGGCGCUGCUGCUGA